CGUAUUUGGAUAAAGGAAAAAUGGCUCCAUCGCAAACUACUUUGCAAUUACGAUUGCGAGAGGAAAAUCACGACAAUGUCUCUCAGUGCAAACUCUUGGCAGACAAUGCUACGACACGAAACGUUAUCGACCUCUUGUUAGUAAUCAUAAUUUUCGUGCUACUCGGCGUUGCCGCGCCUAUCAUUCGUGGAGAUGUUUGCGAGAGAGGUGAUGACAUCAGGGUCAGUAACGACGGAAAUACUCUCAAGUGCUCCGUAAACUCAUCUCGGCUGACGUUGACCGGAAAUAAUCACAGUGGCAACUGCCACUGUCAUGUUGGUUUUAAGGGAGAUGGCCAUGUUUGUUCAGAUAUCGAUGAAUGUGCAUCUGGAAAUCAUUCAUGCCCGCCGAAUGCUCGCUGCAGAAACACCUUUGGAUCAUAUAGUUGCGAAUGUUCCUAUGGUUACCGGGAAAACCGGUAUUGCCUCGACAUGGACGAGUGCAAACUCGGAUUACACGGGUGUGAUAAACAUGCUCACUGCACCAACACCGCGGGCUCAUAUAACUGCACUUGUCGAGCUGGUUUUUAUGGAGACGGACGAUCUUGCAGAAAUAUAUAAGUACAGCUGAUGCUUACUCAUCAGUGAUAAAUAUCAUUUCUUUUUUUUUUUUUUUUGUAUUUAAUCUUAACAUAAAAAGAGAAAAUUGAAGUUUU